AUGUUCACGAACGCAAUGACCGCCGUCGCCGCGAUCCAAAACCCCCUUGUGCCAGACACCGACCUCAACGGGGCGGAAACCUGGCUCUUCUACAUGACCAACAACAACAACUUCGCUAUGCAGCGGCGCUUAUCCGGGUCCCAAGACCCAAAUGUUCCCAUCGACAUCCCCACCGGCGUCCUCUGCAACCCCUCCACUUUAUGCGCCCUCCGCUACAAAAAUGCCGUCGAGGCCUACGGAAUGGUCGCAGGUAAAGACCCGGAGUACAACCUAAUCUAUAUGCUCUACGCUAUCUCACCGUUCUACCGCUGCCUCGGCUACUCAACCUAUAUGCCCGUCAACGCCGCCUGCGGUGACGGUAAGGAGCUAGGCUGGAUCUACUGCUUGAACAACGACAAGCAGCAGCCGACAUUGUAUGAGCUACCACUCACCGGCGGGCCCACACCACAGAUAAUGGGCCUCCCGCGCCCUCUGGUUACUUCGUACCUUGCGGCGUGCUACGAGCCACACCUCCAAACGCGCUACGUCUUCUACCAGGGCCUAACAAACGAUCAGUCCUCGCAGAUCAUCCACUGCUUCCAAGCCGACAGCUCUACCGACCAGCCGGUCGACAGCACCUACGACAUCAAGACGGACAACAGCCCGCUAGCCUGCUGCGUGAUCCCCCGCGCCUCCGGCGCCGGGAACCUAGUAGUGCUAUACUUCACGCAGAACGGCGGCACCUUGCGGCGCUCCACGUACGAUCCGGCGACUAACAAGUGGACGGCGAGUAGUGGUUCGGCAAUGUCGCAGGCGCCACUGGUCGACCAGGCGUCGCAGCUCACAGUCAUGCCGGAUAUGACGAUGAAGAAGAUUAGAGUCUUUUUCGUCCAGAAGACUAACCCGACGGGUGGGUUUACGCUUUGGGAGGACGAUUAUGUGCAGGCGGAUUAA